CUCCCAGCCUCAAGUGAUCCUCCUACCUCAACUUCCCAAAAUGUUAGAAUCACAGUCAUGAGCCACUGCACCCAGUACAAGCUGCUAGUUUUGAGUGCAGCCCGGAAAAGCAGAUUACAACGGGUCCACACUGCCUUGCAAUCUACUUUGUCCCCUGAGCCCUGUGAUCUAGCAGAUCUAAUGGUGCUUGAAGUGGCAGAUAGGGAUGCUGUUUGGAGGCUUUGGUAAGCCCUUAUACAUGAAUCAUAGUACAGAUUCUUAGGAUUUUGAAACAAAGUCCUGCCGUCCUCUGCAGAUAACUAUUUUCCUAGAGAAACAGCUUUUGGCUUGCUACUGAACCUUAAUAGAGGAUUGAACACCUAACUAUGAGCCACCAAUUUACCAUGUGACCCGAACUGCCCCUCAUGAACUGGGUGUUGUCUGACCCACCAAUCCAUAAAUUUGAGCAUAUACAACCGUACUCCAUUACCAAAUAGAAAUGGCAUGUGUAAGAUCAGACUUGAGCAGGCCCUGCAGACAUAAGUUGCAUAAGGAAAUGAUCAAAUGUCUACGGCUCCUCUUCCUGCUACAUUACCUUCUCAGCUUUCCUCUCCCAGCCCACGCCUAGGGUGUUGGCUAGUUGGUCAUGGAAUCCCUACAAAGGAAAUAGGUGGGCAGUCUACUCUAUUCCUACUUGAUCUGUAGAAGAGGUCUAGGUCAAGUGAACAGAGUGUAUCUCAAAUCACCAAAACAGAGUCGUGGCCUCUCCAUCAAUUCCCAGACUUGGGCCUGUUUGUAGACCCAGAAUCCCUUGAAUGAAGUAGAGUCCAGGUCCCCUUCGGUUAGGACCCUGCUACACUACUGAACUUUUACACUGCUGUUCCUUCUCACGGUUUUCCCCAAAGGGACUGCUCUGGUUUGAAUGUCCCCUCCAAAACUCAUGUUGAAACUUAAUCCCCAAUAUGGCAGUAUUGAGAAGGGGGCCCUUUAAGAGAAGAUGAGGUCAUGAGAGCUCAUGAAUGGAUUAAUUCAUUCAUGGAUUAAUGGAUUCUUAGGUUAACAGAGUCAUGGGUUAUAUUAGGAGUGGAACUGGUGGCUUUAUAAGAAGGGGAAGAGAGACCUAAGCUAGCAUGUUAGUGUGCUCAGCCCUCUUGCCCUGUGAUUUUCUGUACCACCUCAGGACUCUGCAGAGAAUUCCUACCAGAAAGGAAGCCCUCAGCAGACGUCAGGUCAUGUGCCUGGACUUCCCAGCCUCCAGAAUAAGAUGGUGGCCUCACUAUGACGCCGAAGAUGGAGUACAGUGGCUAUUCACAGAUGAAAUCCUAGUGCCCUACAUCUAUAUCAUAAAGAAGCUGCAUGCGAGGCCUGAGCAGAACUCCUGUCCUGUCACACAGCGGACAUUGCUCAACAGGCAAGAGAAUGUGCCAAGGAAGAAGCUGGGUGAGGCCUGGAGCAGACAAGCAAACAUCCAGGCACUCUGUUCUUACCCUUCCCCCUGCCUUCUCUACUUGGAGAAUCAUCACCUGGUCUUAAAAGCCAGGCCCAUGAAGCCAUGUCUUCUUGUGAACACUUCCCCUGUCUGGCCUCCGCCUCCUCCUGGCCUCUCCUCCUGGGCACUGCGCUUUCCCUACAGGGCUGAGAUGCCCUUGCAGACAAGGGCUGGGAGUUAUUCCCACGGUCCCCUGGCCCCAGCAGGGUGCCUUGGACAUAGUAACCCAUCAGAAACUGUCAGUCCAAUGAACAUAAGGGAAAGGAAGAUGAGAGGAGUGAAGGCAGAGGGACAGAGAAGUCAAAGGGUAAAGCAGUAACCAUGUUUGGGGGAUGGCCAGUGAAAUGUGAUUUAAUGCCAACCCCAUGAGUAAAUGGGAUCUUUACUCUGACCCAUGGGACAGCCGGUCCAGGUACUCACCCAGUCACCCUCUACCUGUGGAUCACAGAUACUGAGAGAAACGUGAGAACAGCGUGCAUGAUUUUACCAGGAAUCUUUUAUUAUCAUUGUUGAUCCUUAUUACGCCCCUGUGAGAUAACUAGGGUAGCUAUUUAUAAUCCCAUUUUGCAGCUGAGGAGACUAAAGCUCCAAAAGGGCCAGGUGCAAUGGCUCACGCCUGUAAUCCCAACACUUUGGGAGGCCAAGGCAGGAGGAGCC